CCCCUUCCCUCUCUGCUCUCUAAUCGCUGUGUUGUGGUGCUGACACUCUCUCCUCCCUCUCCUCUCCGGGCUGUAUAUAAGUGUGGAUGGCUGUCUUGUGUUUCCAGACUCUCAGAGGGGAAUGACCACAGGCCUGUCGGACGUACGGCGCGGAGGGCCACCAUGACCUCUGCGGUGACCCCCGAAGAACAGACCCCCACCUUCCCCCCGGACUGCUGAUUAUCGGGUUGUGUGCAGCAUCUACAGGUGAGCUGUUAAACUCAAGUGCCAGGAUGAUUGACAGCUGCUCCUCCUGAACCCCAGGAUGCCUGUGGUGCCAGUGGGCGGGACAUCCUCUUCCCACCACGUCGUACCUGUCGCCCUCACCUGCUCCUGGCUGCUUCUGCUCUUCCAUGCCGCCUUCGGUCAGAAACCCGCCAAGCUGCCUCUGAUUGGCCGGAAGCCCUUCAUCGCCGCCUGGAACGCCCCGCUGGACAUGUGCACCAUCAAGUACAACAUCACCACCAACGCCGACCGCCUCUUCCACAUCCACGGGAGCCCCCGUGCUGAUUGGACGGGCCAGAACGUCACCAUCUUCUACGCCAACCGGCUGGGUUACUACCCCCACUACACGCCGCAGGGCGCUGCUGUGCAUGGCGGCCUGCCGCAGAACUGCAGCCUGGACCAGCACCUGUUCAAAGCCUAUCAGGACAUCACCCACUUCAUCCCCUCAGAGGACUUCCGCGGCCUGGCCGUCAUUGACUGGGAGUUCUGGCGGCCUCAGUGGAGCCGGAACUGGCACAAGAAGGACAUCUACCGGCGCAAGUCGAGGGAGCUGACCGCCAAGGCGUACGUCAACGUGACGGCGGCACAGGUGGAGGAGCUGGCACGGCGGCGGUUUGAGAAGAGCGCCAAGGCGUUCAUGCAGAGAACUAUCCAGCUGGGGACGCGCCUUCGCCCCAACGGCCUCUGGGGUUUCUACCUCUACCCCGACUGUCACAACUACAACCUGCAUGAGCAGAACUACACGGGCUUCUGCCCCUUGCUGGAGAGGCUGAGGAACGACGAGCUGCUGUGGCUGUGGAACAGCAGCACGGCGCUCUUCCCCUCCGUGGCGAUCCGGAAAAGUCACACCAACAGCAUCAGCAACCUGCACUUCUCCCAGCACAGGAUCCGAGAGUCGUUCCGCGUCGCCUCGCUGACCUCGAAGGAGUACGACCUCCCCACCUACGUGUACCUGAGGCUGGGCUACCGAGACGAGGCCCUGGCCUUCCUCACCAUGAAAGAUUUGAUCCACACGAUCGGGGAGAGUGCUGCUCUGGGAGCUGCAGGAUUCGUCAUCUGGGGGGACUUGAACCUGACCUCGUCCAGGCAUAACUGCACCAAGGUGAAAACCUUCCUGAGCCACCGCCUGGGUCAGUACAUCACCAACGUGACGCGGGCCGCUGAGGUCUGCAGUGACUACCUGUGCCAGAGUAAUGGCCGCUGCGUCCGCCGGGACCCGCUCGCCCACCAUUACCUCCACCUGAGUGCCGACAGCUACCACAUCCGGGCCUCCAGCGACGGGGACUUUGCCGUCACCGGGUGGCACUCGCAGCACGAGCUGCAGCUGCUGACCGAGAGGUUUCGCUGCCACUGCUACGAGGGCCACGAGGGCGAGCGCUGCGACAGCAUCAACCUAGUGAAGGAGGACGACGGGCCGCGGAGGGAUGAGGACGAGGACGAGCAGGAGAGGCUGAGGACGGCGUGGGAGGACGAGCAACGUGGGAGGGAAGGGCGAGAGAGGGAGAGCGAAGCGCCACUGAACGGCUCCAGCUUACACCUGAUGUUGCUGAUGCUCCUGUUGAACUUCUCGCUACUAAAGACGGCCGUAUGACGCACCCUGACAAAUGGAGGGGUCAUUUUUCAACACUGCUGUGUACUUUUCAACACACAGACAGAAUGAUGUUUUUCAUUUAAGUUGGAGGCAGACUGGCCUCCGGCUGAAUUCGAACCCAAAAUGUUACUGUUUCUGAUGCACCACCAGCAGCCUGUUUCAAAGACUUACCAAAUGUUGUUUAUUAUCAGUGAAUCCAAAAUUGUGGCCAGUUUCCAGACCACUCCCAGAAUCACUACCCAUAUCUCAGAUUUGUUCAGUGAUUCAAAUAGGUCCGCCGUUGUGCUCGUUAACGGCUGUUUUCCUGGCUAGAUCAUGGAUGAAACAUGAAUGCAAAGCCACAAUGAUUAAUGAAGAGAAAUAGGCUGCUGAACACUAAUACAGUCUGAAUGUCAGUCUUUAACACCAAAUAUCAUGUCUAGUUCCCAGAUCCCAAAGCAAUUCUUUUAAACUGCUAAUUUACUCCAACCAACAGUCCAACAAGACUCAAACGUUGUCUGUGGUGGCGUGCAGGGUUGGGGCGGCACGCAUGGUUGAGGCGGCGCACAUGGUCGGCGCGAGCCGUCUGGUCGUUCAUACUAAUUGCGGUCAAGCAGUCAGAGCAGCGGUUAGAGAGGCUCCAAGAACGGACUUCUUCUCUUCUGUAGCUGAUCAUUGCAGCGCGGUGUCCAAAUCUUGGAGGUGCACGGCUCGGCGCGCAGACCCUUCGCACACAGUCGUCCAGGCCGCAGUUGCUAAUAUAGCCACCCACACCGCGACAGCCCCGACCGCAAGCAGCAUGAAAGCAUGAACCUCUGUGAGGUUGUACUUAGGUACAAUAGUUAUUUAAGCUAAAUGCUAUCGUCAGCAUGCUAACCUGCUCACAAUUGAACUUUUUGGAUCCCACAAAGUUUAAAAAAAUGUAUUCAUAUUAAAAAUGUGUUUCAAUUUUCAUGGCAAUUUGCAUGGCAAUCUAUCUAACAGUUGUUGAAACAUUCCGGUCAAAACCACGAAUGUUAACCUCACGGUGACGCUACACGGAAAGACACCAGAGUCAGUAGGGAUUCAUCCUCUGGGAACAAUGAAUGUCUGUCCAAAAUGUCAUAGCAAUGCAAGUUUAAACACCACAUUAACGCUCAGCUGAGGUCGCUGCUGAGUGGAAGAGAACCAACAGCUGCUGUGUUGAAAAGUAACAGUUGUAAAAGUUAAAAAAAGACACCUUUUUAAGGAGUGUGUUGGCGCGUUGACAGAUAAAGGUUUGGUUGAUUGUAAUAAUGUUCAACCAGGUAAACUGUGACCUCUGCAACAACCUGCACUGCCUCUUUUGCCAACAACUGCAUCCGUUCUUCCAGGAAUGUUAAUUCGUAAAAUGUAGAUACUGUUUGCUGGAGAUGGAGAAGAUCAUCCAACGUCGCUACCGAGGAUGGCAUCGGAGGGAUCAUGUUGUUUUGUUUUUUUUUUACUUUUAAAAGCUUCGUGGUCCAGAAGGAUUAUGGUCGCUAAAGGGUGAUGAUCCUCUGGUUUGUUUUGUGGAGACACAACAGAAAAGCCUUUCAAUGUAAACCAAAGGGUGCUAAUACUUCCACCACACAGCCAUGUGUAGGAAAAUAAUCACUAACAUUUGACGCUUGGUCUGUAGUGUUUUUAGACAUUUUUCUGAUAGCAUGCAACUUGUUUUUUUCUCAACAAUAAGCUGUUAUUUCACUUGACGUUAUAUAGGGGGGGUGUAUUUUCUGUACUGUUGCUUACAUUAUACUUUUGUAGUACAGCUUGUCAGAAAACACCACGUAUUUUGAGCCUGUUGGGACACAGCAUGCACACGUUGGUGCUAUAGAUUUUAAAAUAUGAUGUAUCUGUUUCCUUUUUCUAUAGAUAUAUGUAAAAGUAUAGAGGAUCAGGUUUGUUUUUCAGUGACUAUGUCGAGAUUACCAUUUACAUAGAGCUGCAAAGAUUAAUCAAUUAAUCGAUUAGUUGUCAACUAUUAAAUGAAUCGGAAAGUGUUUAAUUUAAAAUGUGUCUGAAUAAUCCUAUAAUGGAUUGACAUGAAAAUAAACAUGCAUUCAUUAAUUCAUCUAUUAAUUGGUUUGAGUCGAAAACAAUCUCUUAUUCCAGCUUCCAAAUGUGAAUAUUUUCUAGUUUCUUCUCUCCUCUGCGACAAUAAAAACUGAAUGGCUUUGAGUUGUGGACAAAACAAGACAUUUGAGGACCUCAUCUGGGGCUUUGGGAAACACUGAUCUCCAUUUUUCACCAUGUUCUGACAUUUUAUAGACCACCGACAACUAAUCGAUUAAUCGAGGAAACAAUCACCAGAUUAAUCAACAGUUAGUUGCAGCACUAUUAAUGUUACUAUAUCUCACUUUGGAGGAAUCAAAUCAACAGACUGUUUAGCUUUUGAUGAUAUGUCAUCUCGUUGUAGCUGAGCAGACCAAACAGUCUCUGGAGCUGAUAGUACAGUAACAGUAGAUGUGACGAAACACUGAACAGGAUGUAAAAGACGGCACGUACUGUAGCUUUAUACGUGACUCAGUGGUUCUCUGUGGUUCUAUGGUUCUUCAAAGCUUACUCCUUGCCAAAGAAGAAUCAUCUCCUGCGAAUAUAUGACGAAGUAGGACGCUGAGUUAAUACUGAACGCAGGUUCGAGGUCUCAAGAUAGACAGAUAGAUUUUUUUUUAUCAUCCCGAAGGAAAUUUUUUCUUGGGAAACGAACAAUAUCUGCUGUUUAAGGAAGUCAACACAGCAGGGUGAAAAUAUACAUACAUGCAUACAUAAAGUACACACACAGACUGCUGCAUCACACUGCAUGGAUAUGCUCAUGUUGCAUGCAGAGACUGCCACUGGCCAACAAAAUUGCACACUGCCCGUUGUAGAACACAUCAUAGCAGUCGUCAUAAUAUUGGCAGUAAGGGUAAGCCGCCUUAUCAACGUAAAAUCUUUGAGUCUAAUACUUUGUACCGAACAGUAGCGAUGGGCAGAUUUUCUUUGUUUUCUGAGCCCUCUAGAUGGAUUCAGUGUAUUCUCAACCCAUUGUUGAACAGAGAGCGCCAUCUAGUGGGCUCAGAAAAUAAAGAAAAUGCUUCACGAUGCUUCAUUUGGCCAUCACUACCGAACAGAGUCCAGAAAUAACAUUUAACAGUUUGUUGAUGCGUCCAUGAGCAAUGUGUUGUGCAGUUUGUUUUUUUCCACUGAAGUUGAAAUACUUUCAUCUAGCACAAAUGUGUCUUCGGCUCAAUUCGUGCCACCUAGAGCAAAUCUGUUUUCCACUUUGUGUACAAUCAAACCACUCGUAAAAUUCACUUUGCACACAGUCUAUAUACACACACCAUUACGUCUCUUUUCUGUGGCAGCUGCACACAAAGAACAUAAACAUAUAGCAUUGUGUCACAAGUCUCUGUAAUCUGGUUUAAACUGAAUCAGUACUCUCAUCUCAAACCGGCCUUCAGGUCUGAAGAACUUCACUUGAUGCACACACUGUUUCCUGCACUUACUGUGUGUGUGUGUGUGUGUGUGUGUGUGGUUUUUUUCUGUUGAAGAUUGUAAACCAAAUAUGCAACAAGGACUAUGCAACACAUGAAAAAAUGUUACCUGAAUGUAAAUGCACUGCAAAUAAAAACUUUUCUUCAAUACA